CGUAACAGAACAGAACAACACGAGUCUAUUCUUCUGUUCUUCAGGUUUCCCGGGAAGUUCGUUCUCCAUUUCCACAAUGAAGUUUAAUAUUCUCGUCCUCGUGGCUGUCCUGGCUACCGUAACCAUGGCAACCGCUCGCCCAGACUCCGUGCUGGACUUCGAGGGAGAUGCGCACCAGCAUCAGCAAGAGGGAGAUGCUGGGAACAAGGUCGAGGGGUCGUACAGCUGGACGUCCCCCGAAGGCGAGGAAUUCUACGUGAAGUACGUGGCCGACGAAGACGGGUAUCGCGUGGUGGAGUCCAACGCCGUGCCCGUCAGCCACGACGGCGUGCGCGCGGACGGCAACCAGGGAGCCUUUGGCGAAGGAGAGGGCGAAGGAGGCGAGGGAGGACGAGAAUAAGGAGCUGGAGAAAAAAAUACCUUCGAGAUUCUGCUUAUGCUUCGAGGCAAAUGGCUGGACUUAUUGAUAGCACUGUUCAUAGAAUAAUUUAUUUUAGAUUGCGCGAGGAGUGUGGGGCUGAGGUGCGCACAAAUAGAGUUCCUUUGAUGAUUUA